ACCCAAUUUCUCGAACGGAUACCGCAUAUAAAAGGACUCGCGGAUGACUAGAGCUUCAUUCGUCAACUCCUUCUGCAUUGGAAAGGUUCUCUUCCUGCCACAGUAUGAACCAACUUGUGAUCGCCCUCCUUGUCUGCGCUGCGGUGGUUGCUAAUGCCACCAGCUACAAAAGUGGUUACGGUGGUGGUUAUGGCGGAUACGGAGGCGGCCAUGGAAUUAUCGUCAGCUCUGGCUACGGGAAAGGACUCAGCGGUUACGGUGGCGGUUAUGGACUCGGUGGGUAUGGUAAAGGACUUGGCGGCUAUGGAGGUGGUUACGGACAUGGAGGCUAUGGAGGUAGUUACGGACAUGGAGGCUAUGGCGGCUAUGGUAAAGGUCUAGGAGGAUAUGGCGGCUAUGGACAGGGCGGAUAUGGAGGUUAUGGCAAGGCGCUUGUCGGAGGAUAUGGAGGAUAUGGUCACGGAGGUUACGGAGGUUAUGGUCUCGGCGGAUAUGGAGGACACGGUGGAUACGGCCUUGGAGGUUAUGGAAAAGGAUAUGGUGGUUAUGGAUAUGGGCAUCAUUAAAUUACUUCCUCUAAUACAAUGGACAGUAGAGCAUCAGUGAAGCCAACCUACUCUCACGUGAUGUGAAGAUCCUGGAAAUGGCUUAGAUCGAAGGCAAAGAAGCUAUGCGAAUGCCAACUUUUGUAAAUGUUUGUAGCAAUAAACUCUCUUAUUUAAUUUCA